GCUUUUGCCAGCAUGCUACCAACCGUCACGACGCGCCUUGUGCCCCGCUCGGCGCCGCCCCGCGCCAGCCACCGACGCAUGCUUCUCGGCGCCAUGGCGCUCUUCGCCGGCGGCUACGUGACGACCGAAGCCAUCUUCCCGGCCUGGCUCCACGGCGACACGGGCCCGAUCCCGUACGUCGUGCCCGCGGCCUGCGCCUUCGCCAACGGCGACCUCAUCGCCCUUCAAGCCGACACGGGCGAGUACGUCGCUUUGGACAACACGACGGACGUGGCGGCUGUCGUCGCGCCGGCUGUCGCACCGUCGGCGACCUGGAAGGUCUACAACACGGGCCGCCUCGGCACGCUCGCGCUGCAGGCCGACAGCGGCAAGUUCCUCGCGCGCUGCCGCAACACGCCGGCCGCCAUCGUGGACGCCAACCACUGGUCUGACGGUGCGUACGCCCAGUGGACGUGCGUCGUCGCGGACGACGGCCGCAUCGCGCUAAAAGCUGACACGGGCAAGUUCCUCGUCCGCGACCGCAGCGCAACGCUCGUCCACGCCGAGAGCUGGGCAGACGCCAAGGCGCAGUGGGCCGUCGACCGCCUCCCCGUGUCGCCUGCCUGCACGUUUGCAAACGGCGACGUCGUCGGCUUGAAGAGCGACAUUGGUACGUUCAUGGGUCGCUGCGACGACUGCCUUGCCAUUCCCCGCGCCGUCUUUGCCCAUGCGCCAAGUAUGACGCCCGAGGCCACAUGGACCGUCUUCAACACGGACAAUGGCAAGCUCGUCUUCCGCGGCGACGACGGCACGUACCUAAACCGCGAGUACAAGCUCGUGCCGGGUGCGUCGGUCGUCGACCAAGCGUUUAGCCGUGUCGCGCAGGCCAAGCCGUGGGCCGAGUUUACCUGCGUGGACCUCGGUAACGGCGCCAUUGGCCUCGAGGCGGACAAUGGCAAGUUCCUAAGCCGCUGCAGUGACUGCUACCCUGGUGCGAAACACUCGGAGAGCGUCGCCAUGGACACUAUCGACGCAAGCCGCACGUCGGCGGCCCACUGGACGGUGGUGCGCCACGCGUAAAGAUCGUAGAUGGUAUAUCGAGAGAUGCAUAUAACUUAAUCCAAUGCAAAGUACGCUUGGCCUAGUCAGAA